ACGCCGCGGGCGACGCCGACGACGCGACGACCGACGACGACGACGCGCGCGCUGACGAUUAAACCGUUCAAGCGCGCGCCGGCGGUGCCGGAGGAGUUCGCGAGCGAUGCGCGCGCGAUGCUGCGCGACGCGAUCGCGGCGGUGCAAGAGAAACGACAGACGAGGGAGAGCCACGAGACGCUGUACAGGGCGGUGGAGAAUUUGUGCGUGCACAAGCGCGGCGACGACGCGUUUGAGGAUUUUCGCGCGGGUGGGGACGCGCGGAGCGAAAAGGUGCUCGUAGAGCUGGAAAAGAAGAAGAUAGGUGACUCCAUGGUGUUUCUGAGGACGUUUGAUGAGGUUUGGGGAGAGUACUGCGCGCAGGCGUUGACGCUGCGGUCAAUUUUUUUGUAUUUGGACCGCGCGCGCGCGAACGGGGGUGGGAAGGCGAGCACGCUUUGGGACGUUUCGUUGCGGUUGUUUCACGAACAUUUAGAGAAUUCGGCGAAGAGCGUGAAGGGGAAAGUCGUCCGCGGAUUGCUCGAUCUCAUCGAGCGCGAGAGGAUGGGUGAGAAGAUUGAUAGAGCGCUCGCCAAGCGCGUGUUGCGCGCGCUGAGCGCGUUGGGCGUGUACGGCGAGGCGUUUGACACCGUCUUCAUAGAGGCGAGCCAGGAAUUUUACCGUAAAGAAGGGAACGAGUACGGGGCACAGACGGAUGUUUCUGACUAUUUGAAGCACUGCGAGCGACGAUUGGAGGAGGAGGCGGAGCGCUGCACGAAUUACUUGGACGCCAGCACGGCGCGAGGGUUGAUGCGCGUGUGUGAGCAAGGUUUAAUAGAGGCACACAUCGGGGAUAUCCUCGAUAAGGGGUUCGUCGAUCUCAUGCGUCAGCAUCGAAUAGACGACUUGAAGCGAUUGCACUCACUCUUGGCGCGCAUGGACGGAUUAGAUCGCCUGAGUGCGGCUUUCGUGACGUACCUCAAGCAGCAAGGCACCGCCAUCGUCAAGGACGACGCGAACGAUAAAGAAAUGGUCGAACGCUUGCUGGCGAUGAAAAGCGCCGUCGACGAAGUGUUGAAUAAAUCGUUCGGCCGCUCCGCCGCGGAUGGAUCGAACGAUAUUUUCAUCAACGGCGUCAAGGAGUCGUUUGAGUCGUUCAUAAACUGUCGUCAAAACGUCCCCGCAGAGCUCAUAGCCAAGUACAUCGAUUCCAAGCUCAAGAGCGGCAACAAAGGCGCGAGCGAGGAGGAAUUGGAGACAACAUUAGACAAAGCGUUGACGCUGUUUAGGUACAUCGUCGGUAAAGAUGUGUUUGAAGGCUUUUACAAGAAGGAGCUCGCCAAGCGUUUGUUACACGCGAAGAGUGCGAGCAUCGACGCAGAGAAGAGCAUGAUUAGCAAGUUGAAGGCGGAGUGCGGGAGCCAGUUCACGCAGCAUCUCGAGGGUAUGUUCAAGGAUAUCGAUCUUAGUCGCGAGAUCAUGCAAUCGUUCCGACAGACGUUUGACGACGAGGCGUUGACAAAGGGUAUAGAGAUGAACGUAAACGUCAUCACGCAAGGAUGCUGGCCAUCGUAUCCAGUUAUCGACGUCAAUAUUCCCGAGCAACUCGCUGUUUUACAGGAAAAGUUUCAAGACUUUUACCUCGGAAAGCACUCUGGGCGACAGUUGACGUGGCAAAACUCACAAGGCCACUGCGUGCUGAAGGCGCGAUUCGGUAGCGGCAUGAAGGAGCUCAGCGUGUCGCUCUUUCAAUGCGUCGUACUCAUGUUGUUCAAUGACGCCGAAAAACUUUCCUACGAGGACAUAGCGUCGAAGAGUGGGCUAGAGGAGAAAGAAUUAAAGCGUGCGCUGCAGUCCCUUGCAUGUGCCAAGGUCCGUAUCUUGAACAAAGAGCCGAAAUCUCGCGACGUCAACGCGGGCGACGUCUUCGAGGUCAACGCCGCGCUCAACGAGCGCCUGUUCCGCAUCAAGGUCAAUUCGAUUCAAAUCAAAGAAACCACGGAGGAAAAUAAGCAAACCAUGGAGCGCGUGUUCCAAGACCGUCAACAGCAAGUUGACGCCGCGAUCGUUCGCGUGAUGAAGACCCGAAAGUCGCUCACCCACGCCUUGCUCAUCUCCGAGCUCAUGGCGCAGCUGAAAUUUCCGACAAAGGCGAGCGAUUUAAAGAAGCGCAUCGAGAGUCUCAUCGAGCGCGAGUACAUCGAGCGCGACCGCGAGGACGCUCAAAAGUACAACUACCUCGCGUAACGAUCGACGCUUAGAUAAUCGUUUAGACUCGC